UCUCACUAAUCACUCCAAAUUUGUACAACAAUAAUUCAUAUAUUUUGGGAACAUUGCGAGAAAAAAAAAAGGAAAAAUGGGUGUUUUUAUUCUUUCUUCUCCAAUAAAUUUUGCAACUUUAAUUCUACUUUUCUUUGCUAAUGUUUGGUUGUGUCAUGGAAUCACAAGACACUAUAGAUUUGAUAUAAAGUUGCAUAAUGUGACACAUUUGUGCAAGACAAAGAGCAUAAUCACUGUGAAUGGGAAGUUCCCUGGGCCAAGAAUCAUUGCUAGAGAGGGUGACCGAGUCAUUGUACAAGUUGUAAACCAUGUCAAAAACAAUGUUUCUAUUCAUUGGCAUGGUAUUCGACAGCUCGGGAGCCAAUGGGCAGAUGGUCCGGCUUAUGUAACACAAUGUCCAAUCCAGACAAACCAUAGUUAUGUGUACAACUUCACAAUCAAAGGUCAAAGAGGAACUCUUUUUUGGCAUGCCCACAUAUCAUGGUUAAGGGCUACUGUUUAUGGACCAAUUAUCAUUCUCCCAAGGAGAAAUGAAUCCUAUCCAUUCCCUAAACCCCACAAGGAGAAGACUAUAGUAUUUGGUGAAUGGUGGAACAAUGAUACUGAAGCAGUUAUCAGCCAAGCCCUUCAAAGUGGCGGUGGCCCUAAUGUAUCGGACGCGUAUACCUUCAAUGGAUUCCCAGGGCCAUUGUACAAUUCAUGCACUGGAGCUAAAGGUAUGGCGGACACAUAUAAACUAAAGGUUAAGCCAGGGAAAACUUAUCUAUUGCGAUUGGUUAAUGCUGCACUCAAUGAUGAGUUAUUUUUCAGCAUAGCAAACCACACUAUGACAGUGGUUGAUGCAGAUGCACUCUAUGUAAAGCCAUUUAAGACUAAUAUCCUACUCAUUGCACCAGGCCAAACCACCAAUGUAGUCCUUAAAACCAAGCCAAAAACAAGCCACACCACUUACCUAAUGGCCGUAAGGCCUUAUUUCACCGGUAGUGGCACCUUCGACAACACCACCGCGGCAGCUAUCCUAGAGUAUAUAACACCAUCAAAGUCCUCCUCAUCAACCACUCACAAAAUCAUCAAUGUCACCUCCAAAGAUCUCCCUCGUCUCCCUUCCAUAAACGACACUUCAUUUGUGACAAAUUUCACUCGAAAAUUUCGAAGUUUGAACAGUGCUAAAUAUCCAACUAAUGUUCCAAAAACUGUUGAUAAACAUUUCUUUUUUACCGUAGGACUUGGAACUAACCCUUGCCCUAAGAACCAAACAUGCCAAGGGCCUAAUAAUCGUACCAAAUUUGCUGCCACAAUUAACAACAUUUCUAUGGCUCUUCCAUCAACUGCCCUCCUUCAAUCUCAUUUCUUUGGACAAAAUAAUGGAGUUUACUCCCCUAAUUUUCCUCAAGUUCCUCUUAUAAAAUUUAAUUACACAGGUACACCACCUAAUAACACCAAUGUGAUGAAUGGUACCAAAUUAUUAGUGAUCCCAUAUAACACAAAUGUGGAACUUGUUAUGCAAGACACUAGCAUUAUUAGUGCCGAGAGCCACCCUCUUCAUCUUCAUGGCUAUGAUUUCUACGUCGUUGGCCAAGGUUUUGGUAACUUCAACCCGAAAACAGACCCUGCCAACUACAAUCUUGUUGAUCCUGUUGCAAGGAACACCAUUGGCGUGCCAUCCGGUGGCUGGGUAGCCAUUCGAUUCAGGGCAGAUAACCCAGGAGUAUGGUUCAUGCAUUGUCAUUUUGAGGUGCACAUAAGUUGGGGACUUAGGAUGGCUUGGCUUGUUCUUGAUGGAAAACUACCCAAUCAGAAGGUGCCACGUCCACCAGCAGACCUUCCCAAAUGUUAAUCCAUAAGUCUUUGCUUUUUUGGGCGUCUACUCGAUCAUCAUAGUUUCUGAUUCAAUCUUUAUUGUAUUUUGUUUUGUUUAAUUAAUUUUGUUUUGUUAGGAUUAAGUUAUUUAUUUUUUGUUGGGAUGAAAUUGCUUGAGAGAGUUUGAUAGUAAAGCCAAAGAGAGUGAGGCAUUGAAUUGUAGAGUAUUUUGUUUGAAUAAUGGUGAUUUUGCACUAUUUUUUCCCCCAAAUUCCUUUCAAUAAAAAGCAUAUCAAAUUUAAAUA